GAAGAUUGCAUAAUGCUCUUCAUCUCUCUAAUAAGCUGUGACAGUUUCUGACCCUCUGUUUAUUUGCUGUUUUGAAGUUCGUCCUCAGUGCAGGUCAACAGAGUAGGAACAGCUUGACUACCAUGGCUGCCUUCCUUCAUCACUGCCCUUUCCUGAAGUCUGCCCCGAAGCCGGCUCUGAGGAGAACAGGGGCCGCCUUGAUGACUCUGGCCAAUCAAUGCCCCAUCAUUGCUCGCCAGGUCAGUGUUGGCGGCCUGUCCUCUUUGGACGCCAAGCUGGACGCCUCACCCACCCGCCGGCCACCAGUGACAGUGAACCAAAACAGGCAGUUCGCUCAGUCAGCUACUCAGGUGGCUGUGUCUGUGUCGAAAGGCUGUCCGUUUGUCAGCUCCCAGAUUGGGAUGGUCCGAGCCAGCCCUGAGGUACAGGAGGACGUGCAGGCAGAGCCCAACCCAGGUAUGAUUACUUCUCUGCUGAAGGAUCUCAAGGGCUCAGUCCUCCCAGCAUCACCUCAAGUCAAGGCUGUCACUCAUCUCCUCAAAGACAACAUGGUGGCCCCCAGCUACGACUACGAUAGCUUCUUCAGUGAGAAGAUUGCUGACAAGAAGAGGGACCACACAUAUCGUGUCUUCAAGACAGUGAACCGGAGUGCUGAGGUCUUCCCUUUUGCUGAGGAUUACUCUAUCGCAGGGAGGGAGGGCUCUCAGGUGUCUGUCUGGUGCAGCAACGACUAUCUGGGGAUGAGUCGGCACCCGAAGGUCCUCAAGGGGAUCAGAGAUGCCCUGGACCGGCACGGCGCAGGAGCAGGUGGAACCAGAAACAUCUCAGGCACCAGUAACUUCCAUGUGAUGCUGGAGCAGGAACUGGCUGAGCUCCACCAGAAAGAUGCAGCUCUGGUCUUCUCCUCCUGCUUUGUGGCCAAUGACUCCACCCUCUUCACCUUGGCCAAGAUGCUGCCAGGGUGUGAGAUCUAUUCUGACGCGGGGAACCACGCAUCGAUGAUUCAGGGCAUCAGGAACAGUGGAGCCAAACGUUUCAUCUUCCGCCAUAAUGACAGCAGGCACCUGGAAGAGCUGCUGCGCCGCUCCGACCCCAAGACACCCAAAAUUGUGGCCUUUGAGACCGUGCAUUCAAUGGAUGGUGCCAUAUGUCCUUUGGAGGAGCUGUGUGAUGUAGCUCACCGUUACGGAGCACUGACGUUUGUUGAUGAAGUUCACGCUGUGGGCCUGUAUGGAGCCCGUGGAGCUGGAGUGGGCGAGAGGGACAACGUUAUGCACAAGAUUGACAUUGUUUCUGGGACUUUAGGUAAAGCCUUUGGUUGUGUCGGCGGCUACAUUGCCAGUAGCGCCGCCCUGGUGGACACAGUGCGCUCCUUCGCGGCCGGCUUCAUCUUCACGACUGCGCUGCCGCCCAUGGUGCUGUCCGGAGCCCUGGAGUCUGUCAGGGUGCUGAAGAGCCCCGAGGGACAAGUUCUUCGCCGGGCCCACCAGAGGAACGUCAAACACAUGAGGCAGCUGCUCAUGGAUAAAGGGCUGCCUGUGGUCAACUGCCCCAGCCACAUCAUCCCUAUACGGGUGGGCAACGCUGAGCUUAACACCAAGGUGUGUGACACCCUGUUGGAGAGACACAACAUCUACGUUCAGGCCAUCAACUACCCCACGGUGCCUCGCGGUGAGGAACUGCUCCGUCUGGCUCCCUCUCCUCAUCACAACCCGGCCAUGAUGGAGUACUUUGUGGACAAACUGGUGGAGGUGUGGCAGGAGGCGGGGCUUCUGCUGAACAGCCCGGCCACGGCUUCCUGCACCUUCUGCGAUCGCCCGCUCCACUUCGACCUCAUGAGCGAGUGGGAAAAAUCCUACUUUGGCAACAUGGAGCCACAAUACAUAACUGUGUCUGCCUAAUAGCAAAGCAAAAGUAGAUUCUUGACAUGAAUUACAGAUAUAUGUAUAAAUUUAAUUCUACAUAGUAUGUUAUUUUCAAUCAGAAAAUAUGACACUGAGAAUAGUACAAAUGUACAUAUAUUAUUCUUGUGUUUACAAUAAGGAGGCCCUCUAAUGUCAGUGAUAAAGACAAAAUUUAAGUGUUUGGUUAUUUAUAUUUUUAUUUAUUUACACUGACUGAAGUGACUUGUGUUUGUGUUUGCUCUCGUGGAUAUUAAAGAAAAGUGCGCCUCCUCCCCUGUAAGAGCAUAAAACCUGCACACUGGGCACUUUUUAAAAUAUUUAAUCUAGGUGUGAUGGUUUGGAUUAAAUUAUGGUAUUUAUGUUCCUGUGGCAUUACAUCCUUCAUCUAACAUACUCACCAUUUAUUUCCAUUUUCCAUGAUAUUAUUCAUGUUUUGUUUAAAACUUAAAAGACAUCCACUGGCCAGUUUGUAGUAGAAGUGAUUUGGUUGAUAACAUGAGGAAUAAUAAACAUACAAAUUUAAUUCAUGA